UAGAUACAGAUUGUCGUUUGUCGGUUGCGCGUAUUCGAGGAGUGAGUCUUCAGAGUAUCUUUCGUGUAUUGUACGUCCAAGACAAAAUGCCGUGUGAUAUCAAAAGUUGGAAAACUUAGCGAAACAAGUCAAGUCUGAGUUUGGAGUCUUGGAAGUCGUCUUUUGAGAACACUAGUCGCUCCGCGGACAUGUCUUGCAAGUUGCCGCAGAGCCCCUGCGAGCCAGCCAGCCAGCCGUAGAGUCGGUGCCGUGCCGCCCGAUUCUUCGAUUCUUCGAGGGAAAAGAUUCCGCAGUUCGCGUCCGCGUACUUUACGCCCAUUUGCGCCUCAGUGCGCCGAAGACUGUCAACGCGAAUAAUUCAGAUCAGAUUCAGAUUGAGAAUCGUUAAUUCAACGUUUCCGCCGCUCAAAACGCGAGACGAGGACGUUCGUUACGAAUUUGGUGGACCACAGAAUUGGUACUGAAAAAGAGAGGAAAAAGCAUAAAUAAAUAAAUAAGAGCCGCGAAACGCAUCGAGGCGAGUGAUUUGUAGAGUAGGCGCGAGCUUUCUCGCUUCUGGUUUUCGGAGGCAGCCAGGUCUCCGUGGGACGGGGCCUGCAGCCAGUGUGCAUCCAGGUCCAAGUGUGAUGCAAAUUUGCGGAAAAUUGCAUGCCGUCGGUCUGAAAAGUGCUGAGUUGGUGGACUCGAUUGGUGUCGUCAGUUUCCCAUUGAUGAAUCGGAAGAACCGCGUUCUGUAGCGAGCGAACGCAGAAACCGGGACGGUGCCACGGUUCGAGUGCCUUGAGCGUAGGCUCACCCUCGCCAACAUAGCCAGCCAACGCUUGAAUACCGCUCAAGUCCCAUUUUCGCGCUUCAGCGGCGUCAAAGGCCUGAUAAGGUGUACAAAAUAAUACAAAUUGUUUUUUUCUGGUUUGGCUCUUUAUCUCGGGUAAUGGCUGUAGGUGUACUCUAAACCUGCCGAGUAACUCGGCCUCCCGACCGAUCGCGGCGUCAAUGACUACGACAAUGCGCCAGAUUUGAAGAAUCGCUGGAGCCAGCCGCAGAAAACACACUUAGUUCGCCACAAUCACGCCAGCAGAACCUCAGAUACUCGCAUGAAUUAUUAAAAAUUAUCUCGAGAAACGUAAUACGUGCACGUACUCCCCGCGAGUCAUACACGUAUUCCGCGGACAGCACUCCACCGUGGAUCCACUGGCGAGUGUACGCGCAGCGAGUAGUGUCCGCGAAAAGUUGCAUCGCGCGAUCGUGGAAAUUGCACUGCGGAGAAAAACAGGUGUAAGUGCAUUUCUGGAAUUCUCAACUGCUAGAUGUAUCUGCAAAUGCACCGAAGCGCACACUAAACUUUUACCGUGGGAACGAGCGCAUGGUUCGAUCUUUGGAGGUGUGUUGCAGGUCGUGUGAUCUGUUCGAGACAAUCACAGGCACACAGUAGCCUGCAGUUUGCAGUCGUCAUUGGCAGGAAUAAUUAAUCGCUACCAGGAAAAAAAAACGAUAAUAUAAUAAUUAAUUAGGAGAAGUGAGUGAUAUCAUGAGAGCUGUCGAUCAACCGCGGAAGAGGUCUUAAGGCGCGCGCAGACUAACCACCGACUGCUGCUUGGGGGCUUAGCGCAACGCGUUGCAGUGCGUGCGCACGAGUGAUAUUAGGGCAGGUCGCAAACUAGCCGGCUAACUUAAUUUUGGGGGUGUUAAAAGUCCAAUACAUUGAAGCUGGCCCACAACCCAUCUCAGCUCGCGAGGAGCCAACUUUUAGAGACACGAUCGGGGGAUCUUCUUCGUUUUUAACAUUCUGAGUGCGAUUCGCAAAUUUUUUUUUCUUCCUUCGCUCAAUAGACAAGAUUUUUUUAAAAAAAAAAUCGAAUAGUAGUAAUGUAUCUUUAGGUGAGCUACGCCUGCGCAGGUUACUUUAUCACAUUUUACAAUAUAUUUGGGUAGAGUGUGUAUAUCGGGCGGUCUUCACGCUAGAUACGACCGUUUUAAAAACGACUGCAUUUGUGUUAGCGUCCGUGUCGUAUACGUACGCUGUGCGAUUGUGUGCGUAAGUAUCUAUCGGACGGCUCACUGAAAAACGUACGUACACGUAAUACUCAUGUUCAUAUUGUAGUCACACAUCCGAGUGUGACAUGCUUCGCAGAUGCUGAUAUAUAAAAAGAACUUUCAACUAAAUAUUUCGUUAUUUUAUUCGACGAUCGAUCCCGCGUGCGGACACUUUACGGAACCUUAAAAAGAUUUUUUUUUCAGUUUAAAUCUCAGUAUAAGUGUUAAUGUUCAAUUAUUCGUUAAUUAAGCGCGUUGCAAGGAUUAAAAGGAAUAGUGCAAGCAAGUUAAUAACAAUUUUUGUUUCAUUCAGAAGUGCGAGUAUCUGAACGUGGAGAUAAAGUGUGUACUUAGUGUGUGAGGUAAAUAGAUAUUUUUAAAAAAAAAAAAUUGGUUUUCGCUGUGCAGUGUACUUAAAAAUUGUUUCCGAGUUUUAAUAAAAUUUAUUCAAAGUUUUGAAAAUGGGUUCAGCCGAUAGCGAUGUUGUACACGACAGUUCCCGCCAAGAGUAAGGCUGAAAAGUUUAUAACAUUGAAAAGUCGUUGGUUUCAUUGUGCUCAGAUCUAAUCUAAUCUAACGGAAGUUUGUUGUUGUUUUUUUUUCGUGUUUUACAUUUUAUCUUCUAUAUCUCUACCGCUCUAUCCAGUUGUUUCGAAAAUCUAAAAAUCAAAUCCGAAAUCAUGAUGUCCCCAUACAAGUGGGAUAUUUCCAAAUAUCUUUCAUUACAAUUAGUGUUAGUUUUUGUGCUUUCCUUAGUGUUUAAUAACGUUCAAAUUGUGAAUGGCAGACGUGCUUCACCUGCACUCAUCGAGGACGAUGGACGACGCAAUCGGCCAGUCAUUUCAGAAUGCCAGUUUGGAAAAACCGUCCGUGAACUUGGUACAACGUGGUAUGCGGAUUUAGGCCCACCUUUCGGCGUCAUGUACUGCAUCAAAUGCGAAUGCGUUUCGGUGCAAAAGAAACGUCGAAUAGUUGGCAGAGUGCAAUGUCGAAAUAUUAAAAGUGAAUGUCCGCCGGUAACAUGUGACGAACCAAUAUUAUUACCUGGAAAAUGUUGUAAAACAUGCCCGAAUGAAGCACAAGGUACGGAAAUAGCUCAGGUGGUUCCACAUCAAGUCGCGGCCGAGGAAGAAGAGCGCAACAUGAAACAUUUCGCUGCUCUAUUGACCGGACGGACGUCACAUUUCCUAAAAGAAGAUGAAAUGAAGCCGGCAUACUCAACCAACAAUCCGCAGAACAUCGUUGCAACCGGAAGAUUUACGUUCACCAAGAAGAACCUCUACUACUCGUUCUAUAUCUCGGACAAGGCAAUUCGCCCACGUUCCGUUCAAUUCAUAAACAGCGUCGGCAUGAUCAUUGAAGAGCACAAUCUGGAGACACCGUUUAAUGGGCCAUUGAACCUGUACCAGAACAAGACUGGAAAGAUAUGCGGUGUAUGGCGCAGGGUGCCGAAGGAGUAUAGGAAACUGUUGAGGGAGGAGAGAAUGUCGGUAGUGCUGCUUUGGGGUGGAAACUAUCAAGCCGAGCUGGCUCUAGCUGGACGCAUUGCAAGAUAUACCGCCCUAUCCACUGAACUGUUCAGCUCUUUGCUGGAGCCAGCAUCAGACACAAAGCCAGACCAGAUGUCAGGCGCCGGCGGAACCGCGAUAGUCUCCACAAGCAACGGGGUUACAUCAUCCAUUCAUCUGACUCUUGUCUUUACUGGUCUCUUCGUCCCCGAUGAGAUAAUGGACGCACUAAUCAAUAUUCGCAUCGAAUCGCUGGAGCGCAAACAAAUCAUCCUCGAGGACACGCAGAGAAUCAAAGAUCCCGAUCCAUAUGUGAAUGUUCUCGAGAUUUCCUCGCCAGUCUCCACCCAUGACCUACGACUUUUGAGCCGCGGCAAGCUUGUCCUAACCAUUGAAUCACGCAAGAACCCAGCUCUGAAGAUUCAAGGGCACAUCGUGACCCGCGUCGUUUGCGAGCUGUUCCAAACACUCUUAACGCCCAGCAAUAUUGGCUCCAACACCACCACAAGUGGGCUGGCAUGGAUGUAUCUUAAUCGCGAAGGCUCAUUAAUUUAUAACAUUCAAACUGAUGAGCUUAGUCUACAGAAGAAUCCCACAAUUAAACUCGUCGAUGAUGGCACCAAACGGCGCGCGACACUUGAAGACUUGACGCCCUCGUUUAAUUUCAAUCAAGCAAUUGGAAGCAUUGACAAAUUAAGCCCACGUGUUUUGGAGCCACUUUAUAAUGAAGAAUUGGCCAUAAAUAUUGCGACAGAUGAUGAGCCAAAUUUGGUGCGCGGGCGACUGAUCGCACGACCAGUUGCUGACGCCCGAGAUUCGAUUGAGCCGAUACUCCUCAAGCGGAUGGAGAAUAACACGCCAGCACAUCUGAUGGGCAUGGCGUGGAUUGCGAUCGAUAAUGAAUGCAAUUUACAUUACGAAGUCACGAUCAGUGCAUUGUUCGGGAUACAGCAGACAUUCUCCAUUUAUCUGGAGGAGAAACCUAUCGAAGCGCCGGGAGCUCCUGUGACGAGGCAACUUCUCCGCGACUUCAAUGGUUCAUAUGUGGAAGACUUUACCAUGGAGAUUCCGUCGGCAGAACUCGCGAAGCUUGAGACUAGCGUCUGCUACUUGGAAAUCGAGUCAAAAGAUGCAAAUAAGAUCCUCCUACGCGGGAAACUAAAGUCUACGAAGGUACCAAACCACUGCUUCCCUCAUUAUACAGACAACAAUGUACCGAGUGUGGUAUCUGCUUUGGAGCAAAACGAUAACACGCUGCUUCCUCCGGAUUCCAAAUGCUACCAUUCAGGCCGUUUCUACGACGAAGGCGAACAGUGGAAGAGCAGUAUGGUUCCAUGCACUGUCUGCUCCUGUCAGCAUGGACGGGUCAAUUGUGACAGCAUUAAAUGUCCUGAAAUCAAGUGUAAACCGAACGAGGAGCGCGUCAUGAAUAAAGGUGAAUGUUGCAAUAUGUGCAAACCGAUCAAAACAGUCAACGAAUCGAGUAAUUCGGCCCAGCGCGGAUGCUACUUGGGGGAACAAUUCCACAUGGCUGGAGCCAGCUGGCAUCCUUAUUUGCCUCCAAACGGAUUCGAUACUUGCACCACAUGCACUUGUGAUUACACCACCCUCGACACCAACUGCAUCCGAAUGGAAUGUCCUCCACUUACAUGCUCAGAACGGGUGGCAUACCGUCCAAAUAAGAAGGCGUGCUGCAAAGUUUGCCCCGAAGCUAAACCACAUGUCGUCGAGAAAGACGUCAUGCAGGACGAGCGAUCGAGGACUCCGACCACGAAAACCAGUGAUGAGGUCCUAGCGAACGGUGGGUGCAAGGUCGUCAACACAGUCUACGAGAACGGACAGGAAUGGCAUCCGAUAGUCGCAUCGCACGGCGAGCAGAAAUGUGUAAAAUGUCGUUGCAAGGACUCACAAAUAUCCUGCGACCGUAAGCGCUGCACACGGUCUGUGUGCAAUAGUCGCAUUGCGGCCAAACGAAAAGGUCUGCCUGUAUCCGAAGGAUCCGAAUGCUGCACUUCGAGUCAAUGCAAGCGAACGCGAAGGCAUCAGAACAGUCGUCGAAUGCACCGGGAUCGAGACGAAAAGCAACAGUCGCAAUCGCUAACGAAAGCAAUCCGAAGCUGAAAGGAACACGCAUCAUUUAGUACAACUGCCUCUCAAUUUUUGUUUUUAGCUUGAAAAAAGUUUGAAAGAUACCGCAUCUACGUACAUCUACCAGAAAUAGUUAAUAGGCCGCCGCAGGUGUUGCAGCCUGCAGCCUACAAAUGAAACGGCGAGCCUUGCUACGUCGAAUUCUUCUGCACAACUACCAAAACACACAUUCGUCACCUUUAUUCAGAGAAUCAACUGUGUUAACGAAUGAAUGGUAUAUUGAAUGGUUCUGUGCGAGCUCACAUCUUUGACAUCAUCUUUCCACCAUCCGCCAUAGUGAAUUCCUGCAUACAACUCAGCAACUGGGAAUGGACAAACGGAGUAGACACCACUUUAGAAAUAACUUACUUUAUUCAGGGUUAGACCGGCCAUCAUUCGAACCACAUUAUAUGCACGUAAACCUGAACCCAUCAUUAAGCUCUUGUCCUAACACAAGAACCCAGAGAAACGCAACAUAGCACACACACUUAGCAUAAUAAACUGAAAAACUAACAUUCUUAAGUUUACUUUAGUAAUGAUGAUUAUUAUUAUUAUUUUUAUGUAAUAUUUAUUACGCUCAUGGCGAAUUUGCAAAAAUUCAGCUCUCCUCCAGUAAGGAGGAUUCAUUAAGCUAACAACUAAGUACUAAAAGUAUAAUAAGUUAAAUCUAUUAUACGAUUUUUAAUUUUUUUAAUUAAUUUACGUUAUAUUACGUUGAGAAUUAAAACAAAGUAUGUUUUGUUACCAAGUACCAAAGACUGACUAGAAAGAGUGAUAGCGCGAAGUGGAGGUGUUUCGAAGUACUGAAAGUGAAGGACUUGUUUACUUUCAAAGCGAUUUAAAUUAAACUUAUCCAAAAACGGUGAUUUUCAAUGUAAUGUCCUUUUGUGUGUACAAAAGAUUGUAAAUUCGAUUAAUCAUGCAAAACUUUAGAUUCAAUCAGGACAGCGAUAUGUAGUUGGCCACAUGCGCCGAUUCCUACUAUGUACGUCCUGUGGAGUAUUUGUGAAGCCAAACAUUGUAAAACAUUUGUAAAUUGACAAUUACAAAAAAAAUCAGUUUCUUUUUGUAUUAUUAGUGGAAAAAUGAGAAUAUGCGAUUUUCGAAAGUGUUUCGACCCAUGUAAAUGAUGACAAUUUGAUAAUGCUCUGUCGCGGCGCGGAUAAAGCAAAUGAUCACUUUUAUGAAUGAAAUAAUCACUAACACUAUGAUAUGAUGUUGGAUUAUUUUAUGAAAAUGAAGGGAAAUGUAUAAACUUGAAUGCAGCUUUUUGUAAUAAUUGAUAUAUCCACACUAUUUUAUGAUAUGUAACACUUGUGCCUUGUAUACUUAACUAGAAACUGAAAAAUCACUUGAAGUAUGUAAAUGUUAAUUUAUAGAACAUUUAAAUUUUCUAUGGAUAAUUGUAAUUAUAUUAUAUAUUAUUAUAUAUUAUUACUAUUGGUAUAAUAAACAGUAUAUUAUAUUUA